UUAGAGUCCACGCUCCGUUUUAAAGACAUCAAGAGUGGUAAUUCUCACUAUCACUCAAGUGAGCACAGCUUACCUUCUUUGUUUGAUUUUGGAGAAGCACCUCUGAGGCUUUCUUCUUUCUUUUCUCAACUGAGGUUAAUCAUUCAAGCAAAAAAAAAGCUGUCAUCAUGGCAUUAAUGAUACUGCCAUUCAUCGGUCCUCUGUCAGUGCUUGAGGGUUUGAUUGCCUUGGCGACAGUGUGUGUGGUCUUUCUGAUCCUCAAGCAUUUUAACAAAGGGAUCCCUGGGGGCCUUCGUCAGCUGCCGGGUCCCACACCACUGCCCAUCAUUGGGAAUCUGUUGGAGCUGGGCAGCAAACCCUACCUGAGCCUCACUGAAAUGAGCAAGCGGUUUGGAGACGUCUUCCAAAUCCAGAUUGGCAUGCGUCCCGUCGUCGUUCUAAGUGGCAAUGAAACCGUUCGACAGGCUCUCAUCAAACAAGGAGACGACUUUUCUGGCAGGCCUGACUUGUAUAGCUUCCAGUUCAUCAAUGACGGCAAGAGCCUGGCUUUCAGCACAGAUCAAGCAGGAGUUUGGCGGGCCCGCAGAAAGUUGGCCUACAGUGCAUUGCGCUCUUUCUCAAGCCUAGAGGGCAGCAAUGCAGAAUACUCAUGCAUGCUGGAGGAACACAUCUGCAAAGAGACAGAGCACCUGAUUAGAGAAAUUAAAAAAGUAAUGGAGACAGAAGGCAAAUUUGACCCCUAUCGAUACAUUGUUGUGUCUGUGGCCAAUGUUAUCUGUGGCAUGUGCUUCGGACGGCGCUAUGACCACCAUGACCAGGAGCUGGUUGGCCUGGUAAACCUCAGUGAAGAUUUUGUCCAAGUGACAGGCAGCGGCAACCCAGCUGACUUCAUCCCCGCCCUGCAGUAUCUGCCCAACAAAACAAUGAAAAAGUUUGUUGACAUCAAUAACCGCUUCAACAACUUUGUUCAGAAGAUCGUCAGCGAGCACUAUGCCACUUAUAAUAAGGACAACAUCCGCGACAUUACAGACUCCCUUAUUGAUCACUGUGAGGACAGAAAACUGGAUGAAAACUCCAACAUCCAGAUGUCAGAUGAAAAAGUUGUCGGCAUUGUCAAUGAUCUCUUUGGAGCAGGUUUCGACACAAUCUCUACUGCUCUGUCUUGGUCAGUGGGGUACUUGGUGGCCCACCCUGACAUAGAAAAGAGGCUUUUUGAAGAAAUCAAGGAAAACAUCGGCCUGAACCGAAAUCCUACCCUGUCUGAUAGAAACAAACUACCUCUCCUGGAGGCUUUUAUUUUGGAGAUCUUUCGCCAUUCCUCAUUUCUUCCAUUCACAAUCCCACACUGUACAACAAGGGACACAUCUCUGAAUGGUUACUAUAUCCCUAAAGACACAUGUGUCUUCAUCAACCAGUGGCAGAUAAACCAUGACCCGAAACUGUGGCAGGAUCCAUCAUCCUUUAACCCAGAUCGUUUCCUGAAUGAAGAUGGAACUGAGGUCAACCGGCUUGAAGGAGAGAAAGUGGUUACCUUUGGUCUGGGAAAGCGGCGCUGCAUUGGGGAGGUCAUUGCCCGAAAUGAAGUCUUCCUCUUUUUGGCAAUCAUGAUUCAAAGAUUGAGCUUUGAAGAGGUGCCAGGAGAGCCGAUGGACUUGACGCCAGAGUACGGGCUCACAAUGAAGCACAAGCGCUGCCACGUUAGAGCAUCACUGCGGCCAAGGGAUGGACAUUGAAGUUGCUCAUAAUGCAGCAUUUAUAAAUUUGAAGUUAAAACAUGUUGACUGUGACAUUUUAGGAAAAAGUCAUCCUAAUCUGUGUCUGAUUCAACGGCAUUAUAGCUAUUGAAGCAAAAAAAAUCAAAAACUUUUUGCUCAAUGAAACUAGUAAGAAGUGUCUAGGAAUGUGUCAAUCCCUGGUUUGUAUUGGGUCAAUCAACAUUCUUGCUUAUAACCAAUGCUUUGAAUGCACCCAAAAGGGGAAAUGCUGUUCAUAUUGCAAAUAGGUCUCAAAAACAAACAGAACAACGCACAUAAAAGCUUGUUCAGUUUGAGGACAAAACAUCUUUUUAUGUAAAACAAAUUGCUAUUAACAGCUCUUUAGCCUAUUGGCCAUUUGUCUGUAAAGACUCUGAAGUAAACAGAUAUUAGAUGUGUAAGCUAGUUUUUCUUAUAUUAUGUUGUAGAUAUCAACACUGAAGCUACAUUUUUAACCCAAAAUGUGAUUUUUUUUUGCAUAUGUCAAGAUCUCUAUUUUAAAUGAAAUAUUUUUUAUGAUAUGUGGAAAUGUACUUGUUAUACCUUGCUUUGAAAUACUUUUCUGUACCAAAAAAUGAUUCAACAGGGCAUUUUAGAUGAUAGUUGUUUGUUUUAAAGGGCUAUUAAAUAAACUUAUGUCUAUUGUA